AUGUUGGUUGGUAUAGAGAGGAAUUCCUUUGUUCCAGUUGCACACAGGAUAGAGCGGCGUUUUCCGGUUAAAAGCAAGUUCCCCAAUUUGAGAAAACCUGGAAAGUUCCAUAUACAUUACUUUUAUGACGAUAAAAGGACGACUCCAAAUAAUUGGCAGCAGCGUUGUCGUUCGGGUUUGGGAGAGUCCCCACUCUCUGACUGGGAACUGCGGGAAGGCCGUAUGGCGGUUUCGUCUUUCCUCCAACAAAUGGGCCUCUCAUUGGAGGAAUCCGAUUCAAUCGCAUCAAACUCCCCAUCUUAUCUCAACAUGUUGGUGGAAGGUGUUAGGGAUUUGGAGCUGUUAGAUCAUGGUGCUAAUAGGGAUUUGGAGCUGUUAGAUCAUGCUAAUAACAACGCUCUCUUCGAUUUCAACUUGAACUACACAGAUAAGAUUCUUCACAUUGCUGCUCUCAAAGGUGAUAACGGUAAACUGGCUUUUUUCGAGAGUCUCGGUUUCACACUCUCUUCCUCUAUGAAUCUUGCUACCUAUAUAUCCUCCUCCGCUGCUCCUGCUGACACGCUUCCAUCUCUCGUAAACAAGGUUGCAUCUAUCAAACUGCUCCUUUUUCCUCAUAAUAAUACCACUGCUACUACUCAAUUCCUUAUCAAUAAUAUUCGCCUCUUCAUGCGCAACUUAUCUAUUUCAAUGCUCGAUGAAGAUCUGCAACACACUUUCUCCUUUUUCCAAAAGCUUCAAGCUAAGCGUGGAGGUCUUAAUAUUCUCGCUUCUCAAGAUGACGCUUUCCGUUGCUUCAUUGAAACUUUUCCUCGUCUACUUUUGUUAUCACUAAAUUCUCACAUCUCACCUAUACUCAAUUUUCUACAACAUUUUGGAAUCCCCGCACAUACCCUAGUGCUCGCUUUUCCUCCUAUUCUGCUUUGGAAUCUUCAACUCCUUCACACUAGAGUCAAAGCUUUGAACCAGAUUCAUGGCGUCGGUCAAGAUUAUGCCAACUUGAUGCUAAAAUAUCCCUGGGUUCUAUCUACAACCAUUCAAAACAACUAUAAACAACUCCUUGCCUUUUUAUAUUCCGCUCAGGUUCCAAAGACGUGGAUAGACCGUGCAGUCAAAAGACGACCCCAACUCUUGGGUUGUUCAACUAGCAAGAUGAAGCUGAUGGUGGAUGAGUUUGCCGAACUAGGCGUUCAAAGGAAAAAGUUGGAUCAGGUUAUCACUAAAAGUCCUCAGCUAUUAUUACAGAAUCCCGAAGACUUUCUGCAGGUUGUUCUGUUCUUUGAAAAUAUGGGUUUUGAUAAAGACGACAUUGGGAGAAUACUUGCUCGCUGCCCUGAAAUUUUUGCCACCAGCAUUACUAACACCUUCCAGAGAAAGAUUGAUUUCCUUAGUAGUAUUUGUCUUUCUAAAGCUUACCUUCCUCUGGUUAUCAAAAAAUAUCCAGAAGUACUUGUGUCUGAUGUUGACAUAACCUUGCCUCAACGGAUAGUGUACUUGAUGAAGCUAGGACUUUCAAAGAAGGAAGUUGCAUUUAUGGUACGUAAAUUUUCUCCUCUACUUGGGUACAGCAUAAAUGAGGUUCUGCAGCCAAAAGUAGAAUUUCUGGUGAACACAAUGAAGAGGCCAUUAAGAGAUGUGGUGGACUACCCUAGGUAUUUUAGCUAUUCACUAGAAAAGAAGAUAAAGCCAAGAUAUUGGGUUCUCAAAGGAAGGAAUAUAGAAUGUAGCUUAAAGGACAUGUUGGCAAAAAAUGAUGAAGAAUUUGCUGCUGAAUUUAUGGGUGUUGGAACUCUGUCUUCUCAUGAUAGACUGUAA